AUGUCUAACUCGCCGGCCUUCCCCUACUACAUUGAUGUCCCGCCGCCGCCGCCACCGGCACUGGCAUCGCCUGGACUCGGCCUUGCCUUCGCCGUCCUCGGCGCGAUUCUGAUCAUGCUUGCGUUCAAGUACUUGUGCAAGGUCAUCCCUACAGACAAUGAACCUCUCGGACACCAUAGCGGCAGCCACGGCGCUGCUUCGGCCACUCAUCAUCAGCAGCGGCGGUCGCCACGGCGACUUUCCGACGGUGGGCAGCUACACGGAGCCAGCAGCUUGGACGACCGGCCGCGGCUCCCGGGCCCGACGCCUAGCCUUCCGGAGGCAUUCGCGUACAACCGAACGCUGCAGAGAAAAGUGGCGGACACCGUCGGCGAGGAGGCGGCGGCGUGCGCGGUGUGCCUCGGCGCCUUCGAGUUCGGGGAGAUGGUGCGGCUGCUGCCCGUGUGCCUUCACCUCUACCACGCAGAGUGCAUCGACCCAUGGGUGCGUAAGCACUCGACGUGCCCGGUCUGCCGGUCCGAGACGGACCCCACGGUGGUGAUGGACGUCAGCCAGCUACCACCUGUUUAG